GGCAUCACGUUAUUGUUCACGCGUGUGUUACAAAAACCUCAGUAGUAUCGUUCUAACAGUCACAAGUUUUACAAUUUUAUGAUCCGGAUUCGCAUACUUACCUCCAAAUAAUUUUCGAUAUUUCGAACGUAUAUUUUUUUGUUGGUUGAUAUUUUAAAAAAUGAUAUACGCACUCUUGUUAGCCACAGUAACUGCUGUGGCGCAUGGCGGUACUAUAUCGACGUGGGGUGAAAUUUUAAUGAAUUCAAGCAGUCCAGUUCCUGUAAAUUCGGCAACAAAAGAGAAUGACUACCCAUUAAAACCCCGCGGAAUGGACAACCUGCUGAUGCACAAUAUUUUACGGGUUACCGUUAGCGGUGCCGAAUCUCUAAUGAAUCCCUGCACUCUCAACGACUUUGUUGGAGAUAACAUGAAAAAAACCCUGCAGAAAUCCAAAGUCAAACCGCCUAAACAAUAUGUGGCAAGAAAUAUAACCCGUGAAAUGCUGCUGAAUCAGGUUAUGCCGGCGCUAAAAGAGGGAAUUGAUCUGUACCGAUCCAUGUUUGUGCUGCAUGAAACAACAAAUUUGACCAUUUUCCUGGACCAGAACAGAGAUAAUAUGUACGCCAAUACGGUGCUGCAAAACUACUCGCAUUACUAUAUUCGAGCAGGUAAUGACGAAAUGACUCAGAUUCUGUUUAUCGGGAUCGUUGAUCGUUCAGAAAUCGAAAAAGAUGGUGUAGACCUUCCGGCGCUGGACUUUCUGGCAGCUCAAGGAUUAUACAAACAUCCUCGUCAGCAGACAGAAUUUCAAGACCUUCACCGUGAAGAGUCCGAGAUGAUUCUUGAAAAACGACAGCAAAUGGCCGUACUGCUCUCGGAACAGGGAACAUUCUGGGACGAUGACAUCGACUACAUUACCAACCUGCUGACCAUUGCAUUUAACGGACCGGAAACAAACACAGAGUUUGUGGAAAUGUUACCAAAGAUUAUGAAAUCACUAAAUCAUAAAAUGCAGUCAGGGCCCGACCAGGUAACGGAAAAAGAUUACGACGCGCUGUGCGCCCAGUGGGAUGCCGAAAAUGGGGCAGUAAAGAGAGAUUAGUCUUACUGCGCAAAAACGAACCAAGUGUAUAACUAAUAUAUUACAUAGUAUGGCUGCUUUGGGAACUGGAAAGGCUUUGCGGUGGAAAACAUUUAGCUUUACUUCAGUUUAAUGGACAAUAAUGUCCAAUGAUAAUCUUAAGAGUGAAUUAACCGGUUAACCAUAUUAUUAUGUAAUGUGUCCCUGCACGAUAAAUUAUCACUGUCGCGCUAUCUGUCGCAUAUUCGCGAGAAAUAAAGGUACAA